UGUGGACCGGGGCAUGACGGCCGCGUUGUCUUCUGACGACAGUAGCCGAGCGAGGAUCAAUGUACGCGAACGAAGCUUGGGUUUUAGUUCAACGUGAAAGAAGUCUGAUGCAACUUGCUAAACCAGUUUUAUGCCAUUUUGUGUCAAAAUCCUUUUGCAAGCGGAAUGAAUGUAAACCUACAUGGCGCCAACCACGUGACGUGUCUCAGCUGAAGCCGAAAUACCAACCCGGAAGAGAAAUGUACGGGUAUGUGCUAUCGACAACCGCUGUCGGAUACUUCAAAAUAGCAGCUGACAGAAAACCCGAUCACGUCACAUUUCAUAUUCUACUGUAAAAGUGGACACUUCUAUCGUUUACUAAAGACUCACCUGUCCCAAUACCGAAUGUCGUGACUAAUUGCAAAAGACCAUCACGUGCCUGCAUCUGUUGCGUGGUAACCGCAAGCGCAAAUCUGUGAAUAAUGGAGCUGGCGAUUAGCAGACGAUAUCCGGUCGGCACGCUGACAUUCUGUGUCAUGUUUUGUAUCUAUGUUCGUCAAGUGUCGUGUAGUUAUAUGGCUCCAAGCCAAAGCCCCCAAAACUUGCAAGGAAGCAGUCAAGCGACUACUACGGACGAAUGUCAAGGCACUUGUGACUCGAUCUCAGAAGAACGGUGUGAAUCAUUCGGAGUGUGUUCUUUGUCGUGUCGCAGUGGGUCAAGGACUUCAUUUCCUAGUUUGACCACAUUAACGGUUAAUAGUGAGUGUAGUGACCCACAGCAAGUCUCUGGCCCUGCUGGUGUUGAUAGGCGGAAUGGUAACUACUUUACCAAUUCCAGUGAUAGUACACCUUGUAAUGUCAACACGACGGUGAACGCUGGUUCUUCACCAGAAAACUUUAGUAUUUCUUUCUGGAUACAAGGAACGUGUUCUCCUAGCUGCACUGUUCUGAGGGUUGGUGGUACCCCAGAGCUCACAGUGAAGCUUGAUAGGAACAGCCUAGUUGUGAACUCCCACCGUGUGACUGUGGCACCAUCUGUCACAGAAUCAGACUUUGUCCAUGUUGUUCUUACAAAGAGAUCUGCUACGAUGUUUGAUGUGUAUAUAAACAAUACUAAAGAAACUGUGACAGGAACACCUACUUUGCGAGGUAGCACUCUGGUGCUUGGACCUGAAACAGGUUUGCUAGGGACUGAUUUUCUGCUGCUGCUGGAUGGGAGGUUCUACAAUGACGGGCUGACUGAGAGAGAAAUUGAAGAGCUCUAUACUGGUACCUUCCCAGUGGAGUCAUUAGAGUCGGACUGUCGUUGCCCUGUGUCCGAUCCGGAUAUAUCAACUGAUGGGCUUAACUGUUCAGGUGGAACUGGAAGUCCUAUCAAAAGAUUAACAAAAACACUCCAUGGCAUUGAUGAUGUACUGAAAAAUGCUUCAUUCAAUUGGGCCUCCAAAGAAACUGGAGAUGUCACUGUCAUGAUAGAUCUGAAGAACUCUUUCCAGGUAACAGAGGUAACUGUAAUGUUUAGUGCUAACGGAUCAUCACCAACAACGACAGAAUGGAACUUUGAGUCAAACGGGACGAAGAAUCAAGUUAACUCCUCUCUGUACACAGUUAGCCGCACCUCCUGUAAAAUAAAGAGUACCCCACCACGAAACUAUGAAGCAUUUGGUAAGACAAUAGCUGAGAAAAUCGAAAUGAAAUUCAGUGGUAGAUCCUCUGGAACUGUUCAAAACCUGAUCAUCACAAGCAUCACCAUCUUAGGAAAGUGUGACUGCGACGGGUCAGCCACAGCUUGUUCACUGACCACAGGAGCGUCCAGUUACACGUGUACAUGUCGGACUCAGACCGAAGGUGACCACUGCAGGUCGUGUGUCAAUGGCUACUACAGAGAGGAGACUGGGUUCGGAUGUACCGAGAGAUGCGACUGUCAUGAUGAUGGCAAAAAUGUUUCCAGGAACUGUGAAAUAGUUGGAGGGACGUGUUUAUGCAAGUCGAAUGUGGAGGGUGUGCGGUGUGACACCUGUAAACCACUCACAUAUAAUCUCUCUAGGAGUAACACUGACGGUUGUACCAGAUCAUCCUGUGAUGCUCGGGGGAGUUCCUCCUGCAACAAUGAAACUGGGGAAUGUGUCUGCAGAGACAAUGUCAUGAACUCUAACUGUUCGGAAUGCAAUGAGAAGCACUACUGGACGAACCUGAAUGGGUGUUUGCCAUGUGCGUGUGAUACUAGCGGAACUACCGAGAAUAGCAGUUUUGUCUGUAAUGUUGAAACUGGCCAGUGUGACUGUAAACCAAAUGUUCAAGAACGUCAGUGUGGCGAAUGUAAGGAUGGGUUCUAUGGACUCAAUAAGGCCAAAGCUGAUGGAUGCACCGCCUGUGGAUGCAACGCUCUGGGGUCAAGUAACAGCACCUGUGACAAGGGGCCGUCGGGGCAGUGUCAGUGUGAAGAGGAGGAUUACACCAACAGAACUUGCACACCAUUUGUGACAAGUGUGUCUCCCCAGUUUGGUCCAGAGAUUGGUGGCACCAUGGUGACAAUUAGGGGACAUUACUUGACAAACAGUAACGUUACCAUAGGAACCCCACAACCUCUUAUUAAUAGAUCAGACACUCAGCUUAUCUUCCGGACCCCAGGACGACCUACAGGAGCUAAGCCUGUGUCUCUUACCUGGACAGGUUCACCUUUAAAUUACAUUUAUGUAUUUACCUACAAACCCGACCCUUCUCUGUCUGCGGAUAAUCCCUCCUCUGCAACAGCAGCUGAAAGUGGUGGGUGUUACAUUACACUAGCUGGGGAGAAUCUCAACAGCGUGGCCAAACCACAGAUGAUGGUCAAUGCCUCUGGACAGGAAUCUUUUUCGGACUGUGAGCCAGAAUCUUCAGGGAAGCAUAUGAAAUGUGCAACUCCUGCAGUAGUCGGUGCCAAUAUGAGCGCCGUCCCUGUGUAUGUCAUAUUGGACAGCGCCAUCGUGCAGGAACAGCUAAAUCUCACGCCCACACAGGCUGCAAAGGUUAAUGACAAAGGUUUCAUGGAGUUUGCGCCACCAUUUGAAAAAAGUAUAACAAUUACGGGUGAGAGAAUUGGCAAGGACUGUCCCAGAGACGACUACAGCGUUAUCAUUGGAGAUAAUGUUGACUGCCCCAUCACCAGUUUGUCAGAGACCAGCAUCGAGUGUGAACCACCCAGCUCCCCACCCGUCACUACAACUACUGACACAAGAAAGUACAAGAUGAGGGUGUUUAUUGGAGUUCGAGAAGUGGAAGUGGGAGAAAUCUACUACAAACAAUUCUGGCUGACGGAGUAUUUUGUCUACAUCAUGGUGGGAGGUGGCCUGUUUAUUAUAGCUCUAAUCGCACUGCUCAUCUGCAUCUGUGUGUGUCGACGUCGUCGUCGCCGCCGCAGCCACAAUACCCAAAUUAGUGAGCCAUUGAAGAAUAUCACUCCCCUGACACAGGACAAUGAUACAAGGGGCAGUGAUGAACAUGAACUGAUACAGCCCGCACGGCCCUACACCCCCUUCCCCAAAAUCAAUCGCUAUAGCAACCCAGCGUUUGAUGGCACGGAUGCUGAGGAACAUGACAAGGAUGAAGUGGUCAACACGGAGUACUUCCUGCACCGCGUAGAGGAGGGCAUCCGCAGCAAAGUACAGGCCUGUGUCAUUGGCAAGAAGAACUUUGCUGUUGGCAAUGUGUGUUUUGCUAAAGGAACCCAUGCCAGGUUAGUAGACGGAGCCUUUACUGCCCGGUCCAAGGUAGAACCCAUGGAGAAACUCACCAUCAAGAUGUUGAAAGUACCCUUGCCAGAGUCUGGCGUACUCUCCCCACUGUACACAACAGCACUGAGAGAAUGUCUGCGCUUCAGACCCUAUGAUGACGAGUACUUGUUGACCAUCAAGGGAAUCGGACUGGACAAGAAGCGGUUCUAUAUUCUCUACCCUUAUAUGGAGAACCGGACACUCAAAGACCAUAUUGUAGACACAAAAAGGGACUUCAUGCUGCGGCAGCUGCUGGAGUUAGCUGCCCAGGUGUGUGAGGGCAUGGACUUCCUGACUAGCAAGGAUGUGGUGCACAAAGACCUGGCUGCCAGGAACUGCAUGUUGGAUUCUGGAGGGAGGGUGAAGAUCACUGACGCUGCUUUCUCAUGGGACUUUUAUCCAAAUGAAUACAUGUAUGACAACCAGAGAGAUCGGUACUUGCCAGUGCGCUGGAUGGCACCGGAGAGCCUCAGUACCGGCUUCUAUGACAGCAAGUCAGAUGUGUGGUCAUUUGGUGUCCUGAUGUGGGAGCUGAUGACGCGGGGGCUGCUGCCGUUCCAGGACAUCACGGACGAGAAGCUGCAGGACUGCAUCCUGGACGGCUACCGACUGGGCAAACCCCAGAUGCUCACCGAGGACCUAUAUGAGCUGAUGAACUCUUGCUGGCAUGUGGAAAAUGAACAACGGCCGUCGUUUGUACGAAUUCAACAGGAAAUCUCGUCCUCCAUGACAAACAGUCAAUCCACAGAUGAGAGCCUGUAUGUGAACCAAGAAAGCAUCGGCAAUGUCUACGUCAACAACGAUGAAAUGCAACAGAUCCGCAACACCAUCGGCAAUUAUCGCUAGGCGACUUGAUUAGAGAGCUUCAUGGGACAUUUAUAUACACCUUAAGAUACAUGAAAUAUGCUCAACCAAAAAAGGAAAUGCAAUUCCUUUAGGGCUGAGACGAGUCCAGAUUUACUACCCGGGUACCCACCACCCUAUUACCCGAUCCUACCCAGGUACCCGCUGUAGAUAUUUAGAGAUAGGUACAAACUGUCCGAUUUGGAAAAGUUUGACCGUAGCCCUGGCAAAAGGUAUUUAGAUAUACGUGUAAAACGAUCCGGUCAUGCAUACACUGAAGUUUACUGCAUGAAGUUUUAUCUUAAUUCAAACAUAUAAAAGUCAGAAGGAAUGGGUGCAUUGUCAGAAAGAAAUGGGAACAUUAGUGACUCUAGUGUAACCAUAGAGUUUUAGAUAAUUUUUGUCUUUCAACAAUAUGUCACGUGACUAACCACGGGUCCGGGUAGUCCUGUGGGUACCCAGGUCCUAGACAGGACCCACCCGACCCGAGUACCCGAGUUACCCGUCACAGCCCUAAACUCCUUUGCCCUGCAGUUAAUGAAUGCUGAUAUCCUCCUUGUUCUUCAGUCUCAGACUGGUAUGAGAGGGAUGCUUUUUGUUUAUUUGUAUGUUUGAUCUCAUUUUAGACGUUGAUCUGUUGUCAGUCACCAUACCUCGAUCACAAUAUUGAUCAUAUUGAUUACAGAUAUUGAGGUGUGUUUACUAAGGAAGGAAUGUGGACCUGAAUAUUUUGUUAUUUCAUUGUCAUAGCAUUGGUUUAAUAGGGAAAUUAAAAUUUGGUGUUUACUAUAUUUACAGCAACAAAUUUUCUUUUUAAAGAGAAGAUUAUCUGUUAGUGUUUCAUUUGUGGCAGUCGAUCUGUAAACAGAAAAUUAAGAAAUGAAUUUGUAUAAAUUCCACCAUGGUCUAUGAGUUGAGAAUCUGUUCACAGUGUAGUGAUUCGUUACACCAAUAUUGUGACCGUAGGUGUCAGUUAUGUGAUACCCUUCAACCUCAGCCACUUAUUCUUACCACUCCUUGGUUCCGGGGAUGAUGUAGCUCUCUCAAAGUACAAGUCAGAUUUGUUGCUCAAAGUCCAUUUAUUCGAGACAGAAAUCUUGAAUACUACACACAAUAGGUCCUCAGAUGUGUUUCUGUAGCCUGACGUAUUUAUACACAACACAUACCUAGGAGAUGCAUAGAAGAGUCUGCUAGAACUUCUUAUCAACUCUAAAUUCUAACACUUUUUUUUAUCCGUACUUCCAAUAUACAGAGAGAACCUCCCUGGUCAUAAGUGAGUCUCCAGGUCUUCGCUCCACUCUCUGACUAACAAAAUAAUAUCGAUGAUAAUUUCAGCUCCUCCCACUAAAAUAAUGUUUAACGUCAUGCGAAAUGAGUCCUAAUGCUUAUCUCCAUAGUAACCAAUUUCCCUUUCCUCAAGUGGUAGAUUUAGUUUGUGCUAUCAAUCUCUUCUUGUCUUUAGAAGACAGAUUCUUAUUUUCCAAAAUACCGUAUUCAGUUCUAUUGAUGUGAUGACAAAGAUAUUGCUCAAAGGAACAUUGUCGUGUAGGCUGCAACAGAAAGAUUACUUUUUCUAGCUACAGUCCCUCAAAAUUAGAAAGCUCUUGGCAUGAGACUGAGUUCAACAUAUGCAUCAUUAUUACAAUCACUGUAUUCGACGUAAUAAGCGCCCACGCCAAUAUUUGUUAAUAUAUUGGCUAGUGAACCAUCCCAAUUAGCACCCCUUCCGAUUGAUCACAAGACACAAGACUUAUUUGUUCGUGUAUAAUACGCACCAAUGUGUUAUAUGCACCCUUGAUUAUGGGCAAUUAAAUUCUGGAAAAUAUAUCUGUUGUGAAUAAGAUGCACAGACUUUUCUUUUGUAUCAUUUCAGGCUGUCAGCAUAAACCACAAAAUUUUCGAUUUUUCAAAUGUUUUUUUUUCCACUAAAAUUAAAGUUUAAUAAGAAACCCCUACUUCUAAUUUUUAGAGCGCCCUGGGCGCUUAUUACGUCAAAUACGGUAAUUAUGGUAGGUCAUAUAUACAUGUUCUCAUAAAUUGCGCACGUUUAGUACUUGUGUUAUUAACUAUCUUAAAUGAGAUCAUAUCAUUUUUGUGUUAUGUUUCGGUGUAUAUUUUAUAUUUUUACAAGCUUUAAGGAGUGUUGUUUGUGUGACAUUGUCCAUAUACUAAUAUAGUAACCAUGUGUUGAUAUCAAAUAUCACGUGUAUUGGAAUGGUCAAUUUGUGAUUUGUAAUAGCUGAUUUUCAUAGUCACAAGCAUACAGUAAAUAUUCUGUGCCAAAUAAGUUUCAGCAGUAAUAUGGCUGAUGAUUCAGAGGUCUUUUCAAAAGCUGAAAAACUAUUAGUAAAUCUAGAACCUGCAAGAAAUAGAAAGAAAAAAUAUUCCAACAUCAACAAGAUCUAUCUUAUAAUUUGCAUUAACUUUGAAAUUUGCCAUUUUUCUCUUGAGCCAAAAAUUUUCCUCCUACAUGAGCCUUGUAGACUAACUUUUCCUUCCCACUCGUACGUGUUGAAUGUGGGUAUUCAGGAUUAACAGGAAAACAUACUACUCAACUUUAGAUAAGAUUUUGUAACGAUUCCCAGAGACAAUAAUUUAUCGAACUGAGAACCUAAAUGAAAAUGUGCAUGACAAACAGUCAUAUAGCCUAUUUCAUGUGUCAAGUGAACGAGAUAUUUUCACAAGUGUCCACGAGUGAAAAUAUCUCCUUUUCCACAGUCACGGGAUGAGAGAAACAUGAUAUUUCACGAGAGUUGUCUACUGGAAAAUUAAUUAUUUCAUGACAAAUGUAAAACCUUGAAAUCUAAAUUCUCCCUACCUAACACACAGGGAUGGGUCACCACCCCUUGUAUUAGCGACCAGAGAAGUAGUUUAGUGUUUGCAAAGUCAUAAAAAAUAUAAACAAAAGUAACAGAAACUAUUUAGGGUCGUGAAAACUCGGUAUCAUACAUACAGAUAUGAUUUUAUACAAAAUCAACUUAUACAAAAAAUAUUCGAGACCACUUUUGUAUGCGAAAGAAUACAUGAUGGUCAAGUAUAAAAAAUGGCGCUGUGCGAAACCAAAAUUUACAGUUUAUAAUGGAAUAUUUUCAAGAGAAUAUCAAACGCUAUGAGGCAAUAUUAACUCAAUAAAUGACCAUCUAUCCUUAUCUUGCCUUGUCAGUGUGGAACUAACAUAAAAAGUAAUUCAACAGUUUGUGAAUAGGUCAGACAGUUACGAUAAAGGGAGACAAUUUGAGGGGAGGCCACUCUUGCAUGACAAAAGUUCCGUCAAAGUGUUAUGUUCACUGCAGUGAAAUAUCAAUUGUUAUGUUCACUGCAAUGAAAAUAUCAAUUUUCUCAACUUCAGAAAACUCAGUCUUUCACACCGAAGUAUGUAAUAAAGUAUCAUUUAGUCCCCACAUGAAUAUUGAACUGAUGAAUGUUGAGUAGCAGAAUACAGUGGAGUAAGUAGGUAUCACAGCUGUACUUUCCAAGGUGUAUUGGUCGAUACUCUGAGGAAAGCAUGUUGUAACUAACUUAAACCCUUCACAUGUGAGGUAACAAAUAUUUACUUUUUCAAUUAAAAAAUGUGAUGUUUACAAAUACACAGCAGACAAAAGUUCAUUUAACUAUUAAGUGAUUCUUCCACCACUCAGCCAUAGUGAAACAUACAUAUUCUUUUGACUAUUUAUUCAAGUCUGGAAUCAGUAGAAAUCAUUGUAAGUGAGUGAGUGAGUGAGUAUGGCCGUUUUUAGCAAUAUUCCAGCAAUAUCAUGGCGGGAGAGACCAGAAAUGGGCUUCACAGAUUGUGCCCAUGUCGGGAAUCGAACCGGGGUCUUCAGCAUGAUGAGCUAAUGCUUUAAUCAUUGUAUAAACAAGCAUGAAAUACUUAUUUCCCCUGCCCACAUUACAUCCGGUUGUGUGCAGGCAAGAAAUAUUGUACGGUUUUCAAGAUCUGCUACGGAAAUGAGCACUAUUGCCAUUUUCAGUCUAAGUCAAAGUCAUUGCCAUGGAAACGUGAAAAAUAUUUGUUUAAAAAAUCCCAAGCGAUCAAAAGGGAACUGUUUGGACAGUAACGUUUACAUGUGUGUGGCUUUGUUCUCCAAUAACAAACAACAGUUCAUUUGAUCAAUUAUUUAAUAAGUUACAAAGUUACAUUUGUUUUAUUCUAAAUGUUAUUUCAUGUGUUCUUAAUGCCAUUCUGUUGAAUAUGUAACCCCAAAAAUAACACAUGCCUAACACAACCCUUCCACCUUGUAUACAAGAUCAGUCUCAUCAAUUGGUAUGUCACUGCAUACUCAGUCUGGAGACACCCUCUGACUGGUCCUCCAUACUGUAAAGAAUUGUACCAAUCUCUGAGUUCUCCUUGCCAUAACAGAUUGAAUCUAUUGAUGCAUAUACUAUCAAAAAACUUUGUAGCAUCCAUUGACUCAUCAUAUCAUUUAGACAUUUGUGUAAUCAUGUUUGUAAUCAAGUUUACCAGAGCAUUGUCAGAUGAUAGUUUAGGAUGUCAGCAGACUAGUUUUGUUUGUUUGUUUGUUUGUUUUCUGUUAAAGCCGCACUCAGCAAUAUUCCAGCUAUAUGACGGCGGUCUGUAAAUAAUUGAGUCUGGACCAGACAAUCCAGUGAUUGACAUCAUAAACAUCGAGCCAUGCAGUUGGGAUCAAUGACAUGCAUCAACCAAGUCAGCGAGCCUGAACACACGAUCCUGUUAAUCGUCUCUUACGAAGAACAGUCGCCUUUCCUAUCAAGUUUGGGUUGCUGAAGUCAUAUUCUACCCUGGAUCUUCACGGGUCCUGUGGACUAGUACUUGGGUAGGUGGUGAAGAUGUUUGCCUGAGUGCUGUGAUGUCCUAUGUCACAUGUCCCAUAUUAACUCUCGCAUACUAAUGAAGGGGUUUUGUGGAGAAGUUUUCUUGCAGAAUUAAUAUUUAUUUUGUACAUAUAUUUUAAUAAAGAUCUUAUUUUCUUGUAAA